GACAGCAAACAGGUCUCCACUAGUAGUUCGGCUGCUCCUCUGCACGACGCACCGCAGGGAGCAGAGCCGGGACGAUACGACCGCUCUGCUUCUCCUGUAAGCCAGCGCGAUGCCUUCCCCGCCCUCGUCCGCCGUCAUCAUCCUCAGCGACAGCGACGACGACGACGACGCGGCCGCCCUCUUGCUGAUCGCUGCGGAGCGCUUCACCUCGUCCCUGACCACCCAGGCCGAACUCAAGGCCCUCUGCGAGAAGCACGGCGUCCCGGGGAAGCUCGCCGCGAGCCCCGCCGGCGACCUGCGCGCGUGCUCGCCGCCUCCGCCGAAGGCCGUCUGCGUGUACGCGCACGCGCUGGAGGCCGGGGUGCGCUUCCCGCUCCACGGCUUCUUCUGCAAGACGCUCUCCCACUUCGACCUCGCGCCCGGCCAGCUCACGCCCGACGGGUGGCGCGUCCUGGUCGGCUUUCUCGCCCUCUGCCACGACGCCUCCGUGCCGCCGUCGGUCGCCGUGUUCCGUCAUUUCUUCUCGCUCCGAAGCAGGAAGGGCUGGUACUGCUUCCGGUGCAAGGAAGGUGCCGGCGCGCUGGUUACUGGCCUGGGCAGUUCCGAAUCCGACGGCGAGUGGAAAAGGGGGUUUUUCUUCCUGACGGCGCCGGAGGAAUGGCCGUGCCCCGUUCGCUGGGGCGCGCCGACCGCUAAGAUCUCCGCCGCAGGCCCGGAGCUAUCGAGCCAGGAUAAGAAAUCGGUGGCGGAUUUGGUGUACAAACACGGCGCGGCAGUUGAUCUCCGGACUUACCUCCGCGAGGCCGAUCUUGCGGCGGCCUUCUCCUCCAACCUCGCCGGCGCAUCACCUCCGCCUUCUCCUCAUGCUACUGAUGCCAAAGGCAUUGAUCCGUCGGAAGAGAGUGCGGCAGAAACCGCGAAGGUGAACACCGAGCCGGACGGCGACACGCUGCCGUUGUCCGGAAAGAAGAGGAAACGGGGGGAGACCGCUAAUGUAGAAGACGAAGUUUGCCGUUCUCCGCUGACCACGCCGCCGCCUGCUUCCCCACCGGGAUUGCCUGCACGGCCGUUGUCCGGCGGCUCGGCCGCGGUGUCCGACCCGUGUGCCCGGCGGGGCUUUUUCGACCCGAAGCCACAGCACUCGCCCGUGCCAGACGCACACGACGGCGACAGCGCCGACUGGAAGGUCUCGCAGAAGGUGCUAGAGUGCAUCGUCACGCCGUCGCGGGACGACAAGUUCGCGGCGUCGAAACCCACCGACGUCGUCGCGUCGACCUACGUAGCAAUGCUCCAGGCCGCGAACUACGUGUCCUUCUCCUCGGGCUACGCGCUGGACCUGGACGAGAAGCUGGUGGCGCGGGAGCGCGACAAGGUGGCGCUGUUGGAGCAGCUGGACAAGGAGAAGGCGGCGAGGCAGGCCGCCGAGGCGGAGCUGGAGAAGGCGAAGGCCGAGCUCGCGGCGGUGAAGCGCGCAACUAUGGAGAGCGCCACGGCGACGGCGGUGCAGCAGUUCCUGGGGUCCGAGGAGUACAAGCGGCGGCUCGACGAGCACGCCGCGGCAGGGUACGAGAGCGGCGCGGAGGAGAUGAAGGGCGUCGUGCUCCGGCAUUACCCGCGCCUCGACGCCGCCAAGCUGGUCCUGCCGCUUGAUUAGCUCAUUAUGAUUAUCAGCUUGAUGCUUUGAACUUGGAGCCGUUUUUGUUCAUCUUCUGUAUACAUGGGAAACUGCUCCGGAGAACUGCUGAGCCACUUAUCAAGUUCAUCGUCAAGAUUGUUAUUGGUUCCCGCAAAAAAGAAGAAAAGAUUAUUAUUUGUGGUGGAA